UUUUGUUGUAUGAUGGAUUAUUAUUGGGCUGUUCUUAAUUUUUUAUCUUUAGUUUGCUGGGUAGUUAGCACAUUUUUAAAUUUAAUACCCUUACAAAGCAAGGGAGAGCAAUACUUUUGAGCUUUGAAAGAUUCUUAUUAUUGCUACCAUAUGUUAUAUUGUUUAUCUGCUAUAACACUAUGAAUCUUAAAUUAAUUGAAAUGAUUUCAGGAAAUUAAAACAAUAUAUAUAAGUAAUUAUGACAAUUCAAACUACAAAAACUUCUGGAGUGUACCAUACUGAUUAAUUCCAUCCUGCUUAAUUCUUUCUUAUCAUCAAAGCUAGCUACUAGAGGGUUUGGUUCGAUUCUGGUUCCCGGCGAAAUGGGCUUACACUUCCUUCUCUCGCUUCUAAUUUUACUCGUCAAUUUGGAGCUCCAGACCCAUUUAGUUCAUGAAUCAAAGAAAAGGGUUUGUUUGGUUUUUGUGGUGUUGAGAUCUAUCAAGAAUGAUUAUGAAGCUGCAAUUCUGGAUCUUUGAUUACAGAAGAUAAUCUUUGUUGGAGGUGUCAAAAUAUAUGAUGCUUUACAAAUGGCUUCAAAAGGUGAGGGCUAAAUAUGCUAUUUAGCCCAACUGAUAAGAGAAGAAAGAGACAGAAUAUUAUAAAAUUAGCGGCGCUUACCAACUAGUAUUGGAAUGUCAACUUAUGUAGAUGAUUAUAUUAUUCAUGGCAUUAACUCUCUCUAGGUCAACACGGCAAAUCAGCAGAAUUUGUCAAUGCCUUAAGAAAAUUGGAGAAAAGCACCUUUUGAGCAACUUCAGGGAAAUUUUGCAUAUGGGAGAUGCAUGGCCUCUCAAAGAAGUAAUGAUGUGUUCAUUAGUUUUAGAGGUGAAGACACUGGUGACAAUUUUACUAGCCAUCUCUAUGCUGGUCUGUGUAGGAAAAAGAUCCAAACCUUCAUUUGUAAUAAAAUCAAGAGAGGAGAUGAGAUUUCCCGUGCAAUAUUGAAAACAAUUGAAGCAUCUAAGCUCGCUGUGAUCGUUUUCUCAGAAGAGUAUGCUUCUUCCAAAUGCUGCUUGGAAGAACUCCUAAAGAUACUUGAAUGCAGAAAAGAAAAAGGACAGAUUGUUGUACCAGUCUUUUAUCAUGUAGAUCCCUCUCAUGUUCGCAACCAAUCUGGGAAUUUUGGAGAAGCAUUUUCUGAAGCUGUAAAACAUUUCAGUGAGCAGGAGCAGAGCUGGAGGUCUGCUUUGAAAGAAGCAACAAAUCUAUCUGGUUGGGACUCGUCGAUGGUUAGGCCUGAAUCCAUACUUGUUGAUGAAAUUGUGAGUGAUAUUUUGAAGAAAUUGGAUCUUGCUUCCUCAAGUGUUCUAAAGGAAAGCUUGGUUGGGAUAUAUCCACGAGUCAGUAAAGUUAUUUCUUUAUUAUGCAUUGGAUCACCAGAUUUUCGUAUGGUAGGAAUUUGGGGGAUGGGUGGCAUUGGUAAGACCACCAUUGCUGAGGCAGUAUUUAACCGAAUUUCAAGUCAUUUUGAAAGUUGUUAUUUCCUGAAUAAACUCCGGGAAGCAGAGAAGAGAGGUGACCUCCCUCGUUUGAGAGACGAACUUCUUUCAAAUGUCUUAAACGAAGAGAAUUUACGUGUAUGCACUCCCACUAUAGGAAGUGCUUUUAUCAAGAGUAGGCUCCAGAGUAAAAGAGUGCUCAUAGUUCUUGAUGAUGUGGAUGAUCUGGCACAAUUAGAAUUUUUGUUUGGAGGGCUUGAUAAAUUAGGUCCAGGAAGUCGUGUAAUCUUAACUACUAGGGAUAAGCAAAUAUUAAAUUCUUAUGAUAUUGUGGACAUAUACGAUGUAGAGAAGUUGAAUGAUCAUCAUGCCUUCGAGCUCUUUUGUCAACAUGCAUUUAAAAAAGAUAAUCCAUCUAAAUCUUAUAUUGAGCUUUCAAUGAAGGUUAUAGACUAUGCUCAUGGGAUUCCUCUGGCGCUCAAAGUCUUAGGCUCCAAUCUUUGUCAUAAAAGUGAAGAACACUGGGAGAGUGCACUGAGGAAGCUGAAAAGAGUUCCUAACCUGAAAAUUCAGGAGGUGCUGAAAAUCAGUUAUGAUGCACUGGAUAAAGAUUUAAGCAAUAUAUUUCUUGAUAUUGCAUGUUUCUUUAAAGGGCAGCUUAGAGAUGAUGUUGAAAGAAUUCUAGGUGGCUGUUAUGGUCAUUCUGUCUUGUCAGGAAUAGAUGUUCUCAUCGAUAAAUCUCUCAUAAGUGUUUCAAAUAAAAGGAUAGAAAUGCAUGAUUUGUUGCAAGAGAUGGGUUGGUCUGUUGUCCGCCAAGAAUCUGAGAUAGAGCCUGGAAAAAGAAGUCGGUUGUGGACUCCUGAGGAUAUCUAUCAUGUAUUGACAAAAAAUACAGGGACUGAAACAAUUAGAGGCAUAUUCCUUGAUGAAUCAAAAGUAAAAGAGAUGAAGCUAAGCCCAAUGAUUUUUUCAAAAAUGUAUAAUCUUAAAUUCCUCAAGAUUUAUCAUGAAAGCUACCAAAAAAACUCUAAAGUGUGCCUUCCACGUGGUCUUAAAUUGCUUCCUGAUGAGCUGAGGUAUCUGUACUGGGAUGCGUUUCCAUUAAAAUCUCUGCCAUGUAAGUUUCGUCCAGAGUACCUUGUGGAACUUUAUCUACCUUAUAGCAAGAUUAAGCAACUUUGGAGUGGAACCCAGGAACUUGUCAACUUGGAAAAGAUGUAUCUUGCCGGGUGCAAGAAUUUGAUAGAAUUACCAGACCUCUCAUUAGCCACGAAUAUUAAGGAUAUGACUCUUAGGCACUGCAAAAGCAUAGUUGAAAUACCCUCAUCCAUUGGACAUCUUAACAAACUUACCCAUUUGGAUUUGAGUGGCUGUAUAAAGCUUAAGAGUCUACCAACAAACAUCAACUUGAGAUCUCUUGAAUUCCUAAAUUUAUUUGGCUGCACUAAAAUGGCUACGUUUCCAGAGAUCUCAAGGAAUAUAAAAUAUUUAUACUUGAAUGGAACUGGAAUAGAAGAAGUGCCAUCAUCGAUUAAGCAUAUAUCUAGCCUUUUGGAAUUGAAUUUGUCAAACUGCACGAGACUUGUGAAUAUUUCAAGCUCUAUUCAGGGUUUGAAUUGUCUCCAAGUCCUAAAUCUGAAUGGCUGCACAAAUGUCACAAUGCUUCCCGAAAUUUCAGAGAAAGUGGACAAUUCAUAUUUGAAUAUGACAAGCGAAGAAGAUCCGGCUUCUAUUGGUUGUCUCUCUGCACUUCGCGAGUUGUGGUUGCAUAAAUGCCCAAGGCUUAAGAGUCUCCCACCUUACAUUUUAAUGUUGAAGUCUCUUGAAUCUCUUUAUGCUACCGAAACUUCUAUAGAACAAUUACCAUCAAUCUUGAAAGACUCAAGCAACCUAACAUACUUAUGCAUUUCAGGAUGCGAAGGUCGAGAGCCAGUGCCUCUACACCUUACUUCUUUAAUAGAUUUCCAAUUUUUGACAAGUCUAGAACUGAGCAAUUUACAUAUAACAGAAAUCCCUGAAGACAUUGACUGCUUAUUGUCAUUAGAAAGUUUAGAUCUAAGUAGCAAUGACUUUAAGAGCAUACCUGGAAGCAUCAAACAACUUUCUAUGUUGAGAUAUCUUACAAUAAGCAACUGCAAUAGACUUCAAUUGCUACCAGAGCUUCCUCCGAGUGUAGCAUCUUUACAUGCACAUGAUUGCUCGUCACUAGAAAGAAUAUUAGGUGAGCAAAAAUUCCCGAGGAUUGGAGGUGAGGGGAGCUACAUAUUCAGUAAUUGCUUCAAAUUGAAUCAAAAUGAAUACAAGACCAUUGUGGCUAAUGUACAGUUUAGAAUUCAGCAUCUGAUGGAAAGUGAUGAAGAAGAUGAGUUUGGAACAAGUCAAGUUGCUAUCUGUUUACCGGGAAGUGAAAUUUCAGACUGGUUCAACCAUAAAAGCAACACGUCUUCAAUAACCAUCCAGCUAUCUCCCCAUUGGUUCAAUAGCAAGUUUUUUGGUUUUGCUCUCUGCAUUGUGGCCGAAUUUGAUGGCUACUUUGAUGGUUUCAAUUUAAGCAUCAUAUGUGAUUAUCAUUUAGAAAACAAAGAUGGUGAAUGCUAUGAUCUCUGUUGCAGAUUUAAACCAUGGCCAAAAUUUAGGGAUCGGCCUAAAUUUGUUGAGUCAGAGCAUAUGUUCUUUUUGUAUGAUACAUCAAUGUAUAUGAGGACAGCUGAAGAAAGUUUCAGCGAAGAAAGUUCCGAUGAGAACUAUGAAGAGGUUUCCUUUAAGUUCUCUAUUGUAGAGAGUGGAGUUAAAUCUUUAAGCUCUUACAAGGUCAAAAGCUGUGGGGUUCGUCUACUCUAUGAUGCAAGAGAAUUUUGGGAAUCACCAAUGGACGAUGAUAAUGAAGUUGAUAGUAUAUCUGAUGAUGCAUACUAUGAUUAUUAUGACUCUGAAGAGGAAGAACUAGACACAGAGUUUGAAGAUGAACUAGAUACUGAGGAAGAUGAGGAAGCAGAUAUUGAAGAUGAAGAUGAGUUAUAUUAUGAUGAAGAAGAAAUACUACACACUGAGAAGGCAGAUGAUGAAAUAAACGCUGUGGAGCAAGAACAAGAACAAGUAGACUCUGAUGAGGAGGAAAAGUAUCCUGCUCCAAAACGAUUGAAAAGAUCAAAUUCAUGGAGUUAGGUGAGUUGAAGAUAAAGAAACAAUUGGUAUUCCUUGAUCAAUUUCAUCUCUUGCGGAUGAUUUACUUCAUGCUGAUGAAUGUUGGAGGCAAAAGUGUUAGGAUCCAUAGAUCCCAAACGGGUCCCCACAAAGAACCUAAGGUAUCUUGAUGGAGCAUGACUGGGUCAACAACACGUGCACCCACAGAAUCGGUCUCACUUAUCUACCUCCAACGGAAGAUCCGCUCCACUCCACAGCAGCAACCCCCCACAAUGUCACUUACCCACUUUCAACUGAACAACUGCUCCACUCCACAACAACAACUCCCCACAACGGAAGUGACCACGAUCCUUAUCCUUUUAUUUUUCAUGCCGUAAAUGUAAGACUUUAUCAUUAUCAUGUAAUCACUUGUUGGCUAUUUAAAGCCUGCAAUUUUAAAUGGAAUGUCAAGUAAAAAUUUCAACCCAAAUUCUGGUUUCUUUCUCGCCUUAAGCAGAAAGUAUUUUCUUGUUUUCUUCAAGCUUUGAUUGGGACCAACAUUGGUAUCAGAGCAGGUUACUAUGUCGACCAACAAGGAACGAAUUCAGAAUUUGGAGGUUGGCCUCGGAGGAGUGCAAGAUCAUUUAAGCCGAAUGGAAAUCGGAAUGGUCGACCGAUUUUGGGCGCUUGAAGAAUCCAUCCAACGAUUGACCAACUCCAUCGCAUCUGGCAGAGAGGGCUCUAGUAGCUACCACCCCCUUCGUCCCAGCUUGCCUCCUGCCAACCACGACACAAAUCCACAACUCGAAGAGAACAGCCGCAACCUAUUCUAUUCCAAACUCGCCAAGCUGGAGUUCCUGGUCUUCGCCGGGGGUGAUCCGACUAAAUGGUUGUGCCAGGUCCGCCAAUUCUUCUCCUAUCAAGGCACCACCGGGCAACACAAAGUGUCUCUUGCAGCCUACCACCUAGAAGGAGAGGCCAAUCAGUGGUCGCAAUGGCUGAACCAAAAUUACAAAGAAGAGGGAAGAGAACUCACCUGGACCGGGUUUGAAGAGGAGCUGUGGAUGUGGUUCGGGCCGACCGAGUUUGAAAACUUUGAUGAGGCUCUAGCCCACAUCCGUCAGACCGACCCAAUCUGUGAUUGCUAGAGGGAGUUCGAAAAAUUGGGCAACAGAGUCCAUGGGUGGCCUCAACGGGCCCUAGUUGGAGCCUUCAUUGGUGGGCUCAAGCUCUAGAUAGCAGAUGGGAUUUGGAUGUUCAAGCCCAGGACACUCAGAGACGCCAUGGGCUUGGCCCGAAUGCGGGAAGAGUAGGUGGGUCGACAAAGCCGACUGACCCGACCCGGGAGAGCCCAACGCACCCAACACCUAUCAUCCUUACCCGAUCCUCUUCCGCGAACCCUAGCCGCCAUGCUCGCAAUGCCCAAGAGGCUCACCUGGAAAGAAAUGCAAUGACGGAGAUCUCAAGGGUUGUGCUUUAACUGCGACGAGCGCAUCACGGCUGGCCAUCGUUGUCGCGAAUCGCAGCUCCUGCUACUUAAAGGACGUGGCGAAGAAGAUGAAGACGCAGAUGGUCCCGAGCUUAAAAUCUCCUUGCACGCUCUCACAGGUUGGACACCGGCUUGCACCAUGCGAGUCGCCGCCACCAUCGGACAUCAGGAAGUAGUCGCUCUCAUCGAUAGUAGCUCCACGCACAAUUUCAUUUGUGAAAAGGUAGCAAGCCGAUUACGGCUUCCAAUCGUUCCAACAGCCCCGUUUUCAAUGAAUGUGGCCAACGGUAACACCUUGAAAUACCAAGGACGGUUUGACAAUGUUGCCCUGCAAAUCCAAGGUACCCCCUUUUCACUUACACUCUUUUCUUUACCACUGACGGGGUUGGAUGUUGUUUUGGGUGUCCAGUUGUUAGAAAACCUCAGCAUCGUGACCUGCGAUUGGAAGAGGUUCACAAUGGCAUUCCAAUGGAACUGUCAGAAGCAGCUUCUGUGAGAUCUUGAUGCCCCUCCUAUUCAGGCCGCUUCGCGAGAAGAGAUCAACAAGAAAGCUAGUGAACGACUUGUAUGCAGUUUGCUUGCUCUCCAUCAGCACAGCCGAUUCUGCCACUGCCAAUCCAAAAUUACAGAAGUUGUUGGCUGAGUUUUCGGGUCUUUUUCAGGAGCCCGAUCGACUUCCCCCAGCUAGAGAAGUCUCACACCACAUCAACCUCAAGGAAGGAAGUGAACCAGUCAAUGUUCGACUAUAUCGAUACGCGUAUUUCCAAAAGGCCGAAAUUGAAAAGCAAGUAGACGAGAUGAUUACUUCCGGGCUCAUCUGACCCAGCUCUAUUCCAUUUUCAUCCCCGGUUUUGUUAGUCAGAAAGAAAGACGACACUUGGAGGUUCUGCACCGACUACCAGGCACUCAACACAGUCACCAUCAAGGACCGUUUUCCUAUUCAAACGGUCGAUGACAUGUUAGAUGAGCUAUAUGGUGCCACUCGCUUCACCAAAUUGGAUCUAACAUUCAAAUAUUACCAUAUUAGAGUCCACCCCUGAGGAUGUCCACAAAACAGCGUUCCAAACUCACAAUGGCCACUACGAAUAUCUGGUAAUGCCUUUCGGACUCUGCAAUGCCCCAUCUACCUUUCAAGCUAUUAUGAAUGUCAUAUUUCAGCCAUACUUACACAAAUUUGUGUUAGUAUUUUUUGAUGAUAUUCUAGUAUAUAGCCUUGACUGGCAAUCUCACCUAGUGCAUGUGCGACAAGUCUUUGAACUUUUGAGGCAAAACAGGUUCUUUAUCAAGCUCAAAAAAUAUGUGUUUGGCCAGCAAAAAUUAGAAUAUUUGGGCCACAUCAUUACACCGAAUGGGGUACAAGUUGAUCAGAGUAAGAUUCAAGUAAUGUUAGAUUGGCCAAGCCCGACCACUGUCACAGAACUCCGCAGAUUUUUAGGGCUAAUCGGCUACUACAGAAAAUUUGUAAAAGAUUAUGGGCUCAUUGCCAGGCAAUUGACACAGCUCCUUAAAAAAGGGCAGUUUGAAUGGAACGGCACAGCAAAGACAGCCUUCAAAAGCUUGAAGCAAGCCAUGACCUCUACCCCCACACUGGCUCUACCUAACUUUAGUGAGCCAUUAACCUUUGAGAUUGAUGCCUUCGGAAUCAGGAUAGGAGCAGUCCUCAGUCAACAAGGGAAACCCUAGCUUACUUAAGCAGAGCUUUGAGAGUUGCGAAGCACUCUUGGUCCACUUAUGCCAAAGAAAUGUUAGCCGUUGUUAUUGCAGUACAGACUUGGAGAUCAUAUCUGAUGGGCAGAAAAUUUUUUAUUUAGACAGACCAUUGCAGUCUCAAAUACCUACUCAAAUAGCGGAUCACCACUCCAGAACAACAAAUAUGGAUAUCCAAACUAUUUGGGUACGAUUAUGAGAUCACAUAUAAGCCAGACAAAGAAAAUGCAGCAGUAGAUGCCUUCUCCAGAAACGUUAUAGGGUUGUCCCUGGAUGCCCUAUUCAUCCAUCAGAAUCAGAUUUGGGAUGACAUCAGGAAAGAAACAGAAACACACCCCUAUAUGCAGAAGCUCAAUAAACUGGCAGAAGAGCAAAAGGGUGGGUCUUAUACCGCAAGAAAUAAAUUGAUUUAUUAUAAGCAUCGGGUUGUCCUACCCCUUCAGUCUCAUCUGAUAUCACAACUUUUACAGUCUUACCAUGAUUCACCAUUAGGGGGACAUUCCGGACUCCUCUGCACCUACAAAAGAUUGACACAGCAAUUUCAUUGGUUAUUUAUAAAAAAUGUAGUUUAAGAGUAUGUGUCCGCUUGUGAAACCUGUUAGAGAAUAAAAACAGAGAUACUAGUACUUGCAAAUCUCCUCUAACCCUUACCCAUUCCAUGCCAAGUGUGGGAAGACAUCACGAUGGAUUUUAUAGAAGGCUUACCUCUCUCCAGUGGCAAGAGCACUAUUCUGGUAGUAGUCGACCGCCUCAAUAAAUCUGCACAUUUUCUAGCACUAGCUCACCCCUACACAGCUAGGACGGUGGCUGAGAAAUUUGUAGAGGGAAUAGUUAAGCUACAUGGGAUGCCCGGCACUAUAGUCAGUGGUCGAGACCCGAUAUUCGUCAGUCACUUCUGGAAGGAAUUUUUCAAAAUGUUGGCACAUAACUAAAAAUGAGCUCAACUUACUACCCCCAGACGGAUGGCCAAUCCGAGGUAGUCAACCGAUGUCUCGAAUAGUACCUGAGAUGUUUAGGUCACCAACGACCUAAUAAAUGAAGCUCACUGCUUUCAUGGGCAGAAUUUUGGUACAAUACUACUUAUCAUGCCGCCAUCAAAAUGACUCCCUUUCAAGCUCUUUACGGGUGACCUCCCCCCGCCAUACCGUACUAUCAUUCAGGGAUGACUUCGGUCCACGAAGUAGAUCAACAGUUACUGGGGCGAAAUGAAUUAUUGCAACAACUGAAAACCAAUCUCCAUGCUGCCCAGAAUAGCAUGCAACAUUAUGCCAACACCAAGAGACGCCACUUGGAAUUCUAGGAAGGAGACUGGGUUUUUCUCAAGUUACAACCCUACCGCCAAUAGACUGUCUUCUGCUGGGCCCUUCAGAAAUUGGCUUGUCAGUACUAUGGACCUUACCAAGUUGAGAGACGCAUUGGUCCAGUCGCCUAUAAACUCAAAUUACCGGCAGAGGCUCGUAUUCACCCAGUUUUCAAUAUGUCCUUACUCAAAAAGCAAGUAGGCGAAUCAGUUUUCACCAUCAAGGAUUUCCCCACUAUUACCGAGGAAGGUACUAUCUUAUUCCACCCACAUCAAAUCCUGGACACACAUUGGCUGAAAAAAGGCGGUAAAUUUGUAGAACAAAGCUUGGUCCACUGGAAAAAUCUGUCCACCGAAGAUGCCACAUGGGAAAACACUUCUGACAUCAUCACCCAAUUUCCUGACCUUGAGGACUAUGUCACUCAAAAAGGAGGGAGUGAUGUUAGGAUCCGUAGAUCCCAAGGGGUCCCUACAAAGAACACAAAGUAUCUUGAUGGAACGUGACUGGGUCAACAACACGUGCACCCACAACGGAAGUGACUACGAUCCUUAUCUUUUUAUUUUUCAUGUCGUAAAUGUAGGACUAUAUCAUUAUCAUGUAAUCGUUUAUUGGCUAUUUAAAGCCUGCAAUUUUAGAUGGAAUGUCAAGUAAAAAUUUCAACUCAGAUUUUGGUUU